AUGUUGGCCAGAUCAUGCCUGCGCUCGACGCGCUCGUUCGGGGGAGUACGGAAUAAUGCAAUUAACGCUACAAAGCGUGCUGCAUCCACUUCCACUUCCGCGGAAGCCGCUUCUCCCUUCGGUAUCAACAUGGCUGCAGGUGCUGCUACCGCAGUGGCGGCAGGAUCUCUCGCCUGGUACUAUCAUCUUUAUGGCCAGCCAUUAAACGCUAUGACACCAGUUGAAGAAGGUCUUCAUCCAACACAAUACCCAUGGGUUCACCAACAAUACGCAAAGACAUUCGAUCACCAAGCAUUACGAAGAGGUUUCCAAGUUUACCAAGAAGUUUGCGCAUCAUGCCAUUCUUUGAGCCGUAUUCCAUACAGAGCUUUGGUCGGUGUUACACACACAGUCGAUGAGGCAAAGGCUAUGGCCGAAGCGAACGAAUACGACAGCGAGCCAAACGACGAGGGUGAAAUCGAAAAGCGACCUGGAAAACUCUCUGAUUACCUCCCAUCCCCAUACAAGAACGAUGAAGCCGCUCGUGCUGCCAACAACGGAGCUUUGCCACCUGAUCUCAGUUUGAUGGUCAAGGCCAGACACGGCGGUGCCAACUAUAUUUUCAGUUUGUUGACUGGUUACCCAGAUGAGCCCCCAGCAGGAGCCAAGGUUCCAGAAGGACUCAACUUCAACCCAUAUUUCCCAGGUACCGGUAUUGCUAUGGCUCGUGUUCUCUACAACGAACUUGUUGAGUAUGAAGAUGGUACCCCAGCAUCAGCAUCACAAAUGGCCAAGGAUGUUGUCGAGUUCCUCAACUGGUCAGCCGAGCCUGAGAUGGAUCAACGUAAGAAGAUGGGUAUGAAGGUUUUGGUUAUUGGAUCUAUGCUUUUCGCAUUGAGCAUUUGGGUUAAGCGUUACAAGUGGUCCCCUAUCAAGACAAGAAAGAUCGUGUAUAACCCACCUAAGACUGGCAACGGUCCUGCACAUCACUAG